UCCCCUUCUUUAUGCGCACACCAAAGUCUCAACAACAUCAGCGGCAUAUAAAAUCGAUCAAAAUGAAUGUUUGGAGCUGCAAGCAACCCAAUUUGGUUCUUCUUCUUCCCCUCUCUCUCUCUCUCUAGUCGAUUUUCGCAUCCUCAACUUCCUCCGAGCGGAAGGGAGUGAAAUCCGGUGGUUCUUCCUUUUUCCCGUCCCUCCCUUUUGGAUGUAUCUGCUCUGAUUGAGAGAAACGGACAUGGUAGGACCUUCCAGACCUCAGUUUGUUCUUUUUGGAUCUUCUAUUACUCAGUUCAGCUUCUCCAAUGGCGGCUGGGGUGCCAUUCUCGCCGAUGUUUAUGCUCGCAAAGCAGAUAUUAUUCUACGAGGUUACUUAAGUUGGAACUCUCGCCGUGCCGUACAAGUUCUUGAUCAGAUUUUUCCAAAGGAUGCUGCGGCACAGCCUUCUUUGGUUGUAGUUUAUUUUGGUGGUAAUGAUUCAAUGGGUCGUCACACGUCCGGCCUUGGCCCUCAUGUACCGUUUCCCGAAUACAUUGAAAACAUGAGAAAAAUUGCAACUCAUCUCCAGAGCCUUUCAGAUAAAACGCGCAUUAUCUUUUUAACAUGCCCCCCAGUGAACGAAGCCACAAUUCAUCAAACUCAAAGCAAGUUUCUUACUGAACUGGUGAGAACAAAUGAAUUGUGCAAAGCGUAUGCCGAAGGUUGUGUAAAGCUGUGCCAGGAGAUCGGUGUAAAAGUUGUCGAUCUUUUUACAGCCAUCCAGAAAAGAGACAAUUGGAUGAACGUUUGCUUCACAGAUGGAGUUCAUUUGUCAGCUGAAGGAAGCAAAGUAGUGGUGGAGGAGAUUCUAAAGGUUCUCAAGGAAGCUGAAUGGAAGCCAUCUCUGUUCUGGAAGUCCCUUCCAACCGAAUUCGCAGAAGACUCACCCUACGAUCUCGUUGCAGCUGAUGGCACACGAACAGUGAAUGGGUCAGAUUGGAUCAUUCACCGUGAUAUUAUGUGGGAUUAGCUUUCUCAUUGACCUCUGUUUUCGCCACCCCCAUUGCAGCUGUCUUAGAGAAAUAAAACCUGAUAAAAAAUGGCAGACAGGCAAGAAGAACAUCAGAGAAGAGUGCAGUACUUCAGGUAUUUUUCAUUGUUGCAAGUACUAGGAUCAGUAAAAUUUAGGAUUAAGUAGACAGAAUGUUGUCUUAGAAAUUAAUGAUAAAAUCUUCAUCAUAAUAAACAGCAUUUCUGCUGCUUAAUUUCUGUACUGAAACAUCAUGCAGAGCAAAAGUAGGAUCUUAUCUUUUUGCCUUUUUAUACAAAUUAGUCCCAUUAACAUGAAA